GACCUACAUGAGGGUUAAAGAACGAGUGGAGGCUGAUAAAGACAAGGUUCUGGUGGUGAACCCGGUGUUCUUCAAGUACGCUCACGAGCGUUGGACCGAGGGUCACGGGCGCUACCCGUCCACCGGCAUGCUGGCCCUCAUCUUCGCUCUGCACACCUGCGACCAGGUGUCCGUGUUCGGUUACGGCGCCGACAAGCAGGGGAACUGGCACCAUUACUGGGAAGAGAACCGCUACGCUGGAGCCUUCAGGAAGACCGGCGUCCACAGCGCCGACUUCGAGACAGUGAUCAUCCAACAGCUGGCCAAAGAGGGCAAGAUCAGUCUGCAUCUGUGACCCACUGACCCCCAGACCCACUGACCCCCAGACCCACUGACCCCCAGACCCACUGACCACCAGACCCACUGACCCCCAGACCCACUGACCCCCAGACCCACAGACCACAGCCUGAUGGACUGACAUGAAUAAAGACUGAAAGACGUGCUGACUGAUGGACUGACCAACAUAAAACUGGAGUUCAUUGUCUUGAUUAGCUGAUUGGUUUACAAAAUGCCAAUAUUUAUAGUGAAAUUCUGUCCAUGGUGAUCUCUUUACCUGUCUUAUCAGUACAAACCCAAAGAUUUUCAGUUUAAUAUUAAAUAUAAAACUCUUAAUUAAUUAAUAUUUGGCAUUAAAGAUAACUUUGAGGAUUAAUUGAUUAUCUAAAAAGGUAGCUAUUAUUUUUAAUUGACCUAUUGUUGCAGCUCUAGUGCUGACUGACCCACAGACAGACCUGCUGACUGAAGGAUCCUCUGCUCACUCAGCAGAUCACUCUUCACUCAAUUGACAGAGAACCAGCUACAUCUCGUCUGGUAUCCAGCGGAGUUGAAAGUGUCUUUGCAUUCCCAGCUGUGCUAAAAUCGGAAUCAACUCUGGACCUUAUGUGCCUGCCAGAUGUGUCUGUUGGGAUUCGGACAGGAGUCAGACCUGUACUUCUUGCACAUCAAUCACCACGUCUGCCUUGAGUCAGAAAUCCACUAAUGCCGGAUUGAAGCCGCUGUUUGGUAUUGACAUUGUUGAAUACCUGGAUUACCUGUGGAUGGAGCCUUUCAGGAUAGAGGAGCUAAACCUGCCACUUCCACUUGAAGGAUGCAGCUUAGAUCUCCUCCCUCUCGCUGGUUUAAUUGAAAUCCAGCUUAACAUGAACAUAAAUACAGAUUUGCGGGACCUUCCACUGCUUAAACAGACCUUAUGUUGCUGUCUGGGACUGCGAGGAUGGACCACACAAGUUGUGCUCUAAGCGGGGAAACAACCACAGACUUUAUAUAUUUGAUUUGAUUUUAUAGAUAUUAUACAGGGAUAACCUCUUUUUUUAUUUUGUAUUAAAGCACUUUUCCCUUAAGAAGAAAAGGCACAAAAGGGCCAUGUUGUUGCUUUCUCUGUCCAACAAAGACUUUCUUUUCUAUUUUCUAUCAUUUAUAAUCCACCCAUUUAUUCUGAAUGAAACAAACCGUCCUGAUCCGGAGGGUGUCUCUGUCCGGACAGACUUUAACUGGAAAUGGGACAAAGUCUUUACGUGUUUUUUAACGUCUACAUUUUUGGAAUGUAAGCCAAUGAUGCUUCCCGUCUCGACCAUAUAUGGAACUGGAGACAAUGAGUGGGAGGAGCCUGUGUGAGGUUCUCAGCCUGUGUUUAAACUCCUUCAUGAUGAUUCAACAGUCUGCCGUUUUCAGCGGUUUCACUCACAAAACAGAAGUUUAAUGUUUUAAGGGACUACUUUUUUAGAUCCACUAGCUGAAAAAGUUAAUGAAAAGCGACAAUGUUAAACUCUGCAGCUUUACAUAACUUCCUUUGUUGUUGAAGACUGUUUCACUUUGUGAUGUAACUCUUCUGAGUCAAAGACGAGGAGACAGUGCAAGACUAAACUAAAGAUUUAUUAAACAAAACUUAACAAAGUCAAACAAUCAGUAACACCACCAGUGUGGGUGGUGCAUGGACGAGAGGGAGAGUAGUGCAAUGUAAGUCCAACCAAAAAAAUCACCAACCAUAUGAAUGAAGACGGAACGACCGGUCCAGCAGGAACUUCCUGUUUAAAGGGAGACGACAGCGCGCUGUCACACCUGUGCUGUGAAUGUACAAAAACUGUUGCUGUUUUUCAAUCACAGUCGUCUGAAUGUUUGUGGCUUCGUUUACACUGAGAAGUUUCAGGACGUUUCACACUGGGGAAGUUUGAGUCUGAAUCUGAGUUCCAUUGUCCGUCUCAGAUUGAUAAUGGACAUUUUCUUUGCAUUUCUGUUUUGUAUGAUGGGGACAAUUCAGCAUAAUAUGCAGAACAUUUAAGUAAUUUGCAUCCAUCAGCCAUCCAUAUUAAGAAAGUAUAAUUUGGACAGAAUACACAUCAAACUGUUAUUAAUUUAUUCGUCAAUUUAUCAGUCUUCCACGUUAUCAUUUAGAUUGUAUGUGUUGUUUUUAAUGGUCACUUUUAAAUUGGUGUUUCACUUUGUUUUUGUUGUGGAAAAAAGUCAUUAACGGAUAUUUUGUCAUAUUUGUUUUAUUUUUAUUGACACACAUGUUGACUUUUUAAAGAGAGAUAUCACAAACUGUAACUCUUAAUUUAGCUCAUUUUAGCCUUUUUGUAGCUUAUGUUAAUGCUUUUGGGAAGGAACAGAAACACAUUUAUCGUGUAUAUGCAUCUCAAUUAAUAUUUGAUUUGGGGUUAAAUUGAGCAUUUGCAUUUCAAAUAUUUGUCUUUCUUUUUAAAAAGGCAGCUAAAUGAUGAGCAACUAGCGUUGACCAGCCAUACAUGUAGUAUAUUAUCACCCUAAACUCAGUGCUCUGCCUUUAGUUCUGUUCUGUUAGCAGUACGUCAAAACUUCAGCUUUUUAAUCUCUUGUUUUAUGCUUAAAAUGCCACAAAUUUGGACUAUAGGUUUCCUGGCUGAGACUCUCAGGUUAACCAUGUAUUGGAUUGGGACAAAUGUAAAUGUUAGUUUUUCUGGCGCUCCAUUUCCAGAUUCAGACCAACUUGCCAGUGUGAAAUCGUUUCAAAGCUCAGUCUGCUUCAAACUAACUUGUUGAUGCAACGUCUAAAGGCCAGGAUGUGUGGCGUGAAAAUCCUGCCGUCAUAUAUUCCUCCUGGCAGCAUCUCACUGCGUCCUUGAAUGCCGUCCAAAAUAUCUGAGUCUGUGUAAGAUGCAGCUGUUGGAGAGUGGGUUUUUAGACGAUCCAACAAGCACUUUAAAGCAGACUGAGGGCUCUAUAUGAUCAUGGAUGCUGAAUUAUUAUCUGGAGGCGGAUGCUCUGCUGCUCACUUUGGCUGCAGUUAAAUGCUCUAUUAAAACCCAUCUGCUGAGUCUUCUCAAGCUGGGUUUUAAUCUGAAACAUCUGCUGCUUGUUUUAUAGUUUUUGCAGAGAUUUAACACUUUGAUGGCUCCCCGAUAAAAAAAAACCCUUCUGCUGGUUAACUGGGAAAUAAUCCACUUUAUGAGGGACGUUCAGCAGCUAAAUGACAGAGCAGCAGCCAUCCAGAGUCCUGAGCUGGACUUCACAUCCGGAGGGAAGGUUUUGGAGUUUGCUGACUUUAGUUGUAGUAAAAAGAUGUACUUCCUCACACUAAAGAAAGACAAGUUUGCUGUGAGUAUAAAUCCAAAGUUGUGCUUAUUAAUAGUCUUCCUGCAGUCCGGGAAUUUAGAUGUUUCCACUAGGAAUUGGAAGGUGCCGAUUAAAUCAAAUAAACCAAUCAUGAUGUAUGUUCACUUAUCAUAGCUUUAAUCAGCGCUUCAUGUUUAAACUGUGACUGUUUGAUAAAAGGACAUUUCAGUUUCAUUUAACAAACAACCUACUGAUCAUUGAUUCAUUCGUAGUUGCAGACAGAAGCACUGUGAUCUUUCAAAACAACACCACUGUCACUUUGAAUAAAAUGAAAGAAAAGUACGUGUGUUUUGUUCUUCCAAAGGUUCUGGAGGUACAUGUUGGCACAAUCUAACACUGAUGAAGAUGUCUAUAAAAGUCCCCUUGGCAGUUUAUUUCUGCCGCCAUGAUAAAAAUAAACAUUUGCUCAGUUUCCAGUA